AUGGAGGAGGAACAGGUCGGCCGCCGCGCGACAAGGAGGACGUCUAAACAGAUCGAUAGGGAGAGUGGUGGCGGCGCUAAAAAAACUAAUGUGUCCGUCGCGCGUGGCAUUGGGCAGAAAAAAGUGGCGGCAAAAAAGGUCGAGCGCGGUCAAGAGAAGUCCGGCAAGAAAGCGGAAGACAAGAGGCCUAAACCAACGCCAGUGAACAAAGAUGCGGAUGUUGCCUCUGCUGGAACCGAGCCCAGUCCGAGUAACGACGGCACCACUGGCGGCAACGAAGAUCCAGAGCGAGGGAGCGCGAGUCUUGCAGUCCCGUCGGCGGAGAUAGAGGGAUCGGCGACAGGGGGAAACCACGGAGGCGAUCCCCGCGCCGAGCAUGCCGCAACCAAGGAGUCCGAGGCGGCAGCAUCGCAACAGCAUCUGACGCUGCUCCAGCCGACCGUGGUCGAAGUUUCUGCAGCCGUGCUGGAUAAGGACAAGGUGGGGGAGCACGAGUCGGUGGGGCUGGUCGGUGGCUCUCCUCCUUCUGGUGGACGGGGGAGGCGUAGGCAGAGGAAGAGCGAUGGGGAGGACGAUUAUGACACCGCCGUGCCCGGGGACCUCACCACGCGGGCGAAGAGGCGGCAGACGACAGGUAGUGCUGACGACGCCGGAGGCGCGGAAGUUGGGACAACGCGAGGCGCCAAGGAAGCUAGUGGCAAGGCGGGCGGUCAAGCAUUGCGCCAGAAGGGCCGACCCGCAGCAAGAAAAACAUCCGGCGGAAGGAGAGGCAAGAAAGCAGCGACGGGAACGAGGCCGAAACGGGGCGAUGAAGACCCCAGUGACGCGGAGGAGGAGGAGGAGGAUGAGGAGGAGGAUGCGGAGGAAGAGGAGGAUGAAGAGGAUGCGGAGGAGGAUGACACGGAUGUUGGGGAGGAUGAAAAAGAUGAGAAUGAUGGCGGGGAGGACGAAGAGGAGGAGGAGGAGGAGGAGGAGGAGGAGGAGGAGGAGGAGGAGGAGGAGGAGGAGGAGGAGGAGGAGGAGGAGGAGGAUGAGGAGGAGGAGGAGGAGGAGGAGGAGGAGGAGGAGGAGGAGGAGGAGGAGGAGGAGGAGGAGGAGGAGGAGGAGGAGGAGGAGGCAGAGGAGGAGGAGGAGGAGGAGGAGGAGGAGGAGGAGGAGGAGGAGGAGGAGGAGGAGGAGGAGGAGGAGGAGGCAGAGGAGGAGGAGGAGGAGGAGGAGGAGGAGGAGGAGGAGGAGGAGGAGGAGGAGGAGGAGGAGGAGGAGGAGGAGGAGGAGGAGGAGGAGGAGGAGGAGGAGGAUGUGGCGCUAGUGAAGGGACGGGGCGGGCUGUGA